AUGAAAUAUUUAAAAAAUACAAACGUUUCCAUAACAAGUGCCCAACAACAACAACAACAACAACAACAUCAACUUGUUGAAGAAGAGGCAGAAGAAACCAAUGACUGUCAAUCCAAUUGUGGAGAGACAAGACAAAGAGAGUAUUCAAUAUGUUCAUCUAUAGGUGAACAAACAGACGAAGAACAAUAUUCAAAUCAUUUGGAUGAAAUGAUUAAAAAUCUAUUACUAAAAAGAGAAAAUAAAACUUGUUCAGAUUGUGGUUCUCCAGACCCAGUCUAUGCUAGUAUAUAUUAUAAAGUUAUCAUAUGUUCUGGGUGUGCAGUGAUUCAUAGAAAAUGUUUAAAAUCCAAGGUUCAAUCAAUCAAUCUAUCAAAUGAAUGGUCUCUGGAUGAAUACCAAUCCUUUUCAAAUACAAAUAAUAUGAUUGAAAAUGAAUCAUGGGAAAAAUAUUUACCUCUCUCUUAUAUUAAACCUACUUUUGGUGAUUCUUCAUUAUUAAAAGAGAAUUGGAUAUUAACAAAAUAUAUUCAUCAAUCAUUUACAAGUGAAAAGAAUUUAUCAAAAUUAAAGAUGGAUUUAACUGAGGGAUGGAUAGUAAAGAAAGGAAAGGUCGUAAAGAACUGGAAAAAGAGAUGGUUGAGACUGUGUCAGGUGGGAGACAAGAAAAAAUUAAAUUAUUAUCGUGGUCCAACCGAAACCACUGCAUGUGGGUCAAUAGACCUCUGUCAAGAUGGAGGUGCCAUUCAAAUAGAUUGUAUCAACGAUAAUGGAAAGAGAACCAAUUGUUUUGUCAUUUGUACGUCCAAGAGAAGAUAUCUUAUUUCAUGUCCUUCACAAGAGGAAAUGUUUAGAUGGAUUCAACUUAUUCGUAGUUCAACAAAUUAUUAUAAUCAAUUUAAAAAUAUUCCACAACAAAUUACAAUUUAA